AUGACUAACUACGCUUCUUCCGGCACCGAGUACCCGGGCUCCGUGCGCAAGUUUGUCACCAAGAUACACCGUCUGAGUGAAAUUGUGUACCACAUGUAUCACGACUUCCCAGUUCUCAAUCGCGUUCAGUGCGAGAUGGGAUUGGUACUGUUUCCUUUUAAUCUUCCUAGUAGAAACUUCAUGCAAUCUUUGGAUGAAGAUCUAUCUGAGGUAUCAAAUGAAAUGGAGAUGUUUUUUUCUCAAUCAUCGCAUGCAGAGCAUCGAAAGUUGGGAGACGACCUGGUACAGCGGCUGGAAUCAGUCGAGUUUGCUUUCGAAGACAUCCAUACAAGGGUGUUGAAGCUGGACCCAGUGCGCCUGAAUGAGACUCUGGUUGAGCUUGGAGAGGCGGAGGAUUGUUUCAACACAGUUCUCGAGUCUCUUCUGCUCAAUGAGGACUAA